AUGGCUACAGCUGAAGGGCCUGCGCGGGCACAUGACCGCAACGGGCGUCGCCACCCCUUCUCCAGCUGGAUGAAGCGAUUGGCUAGCCUGAAAAGCUCUUCUGAAUCCUCGAAUCGUUGGUCUCACAAGCGACACGCGGCUACGAAGGCCAAGAAGAACGGAGGAGGAAACAACCCCUACCCGCUGUCUGGGACCGUCAAUCGUCAGGCAGGAAAUCCCAACCCAAACGACUCAUACCCGGAAGUUGGAGAAGGGCAAACCUCUCGUUCGCGAAGCGAUCCUUCCUUCUUUUACUCCAGCUACGAACAUCCAGUCCCCGCGACGAGCGCCAAGUCGAACGCCCCUACCAUUUCCACGAACGGUGACACCGCGAUUUCGGAUGCCGGGUAUUCCAAGGCGGGCACACUGGCAACUGGUGGAGGGGGCAUUAGCACGCACGAUGGAGGCGAAGGCAGCACAUUUUCAUCUCCUGCACCGUCUGUCCGAUCCUUGGCAACCACCUUGACCACCGUGCAGUCCGCGGCACCCUCCACCCAGCUAUACCCCACGCAGAACACGCAACAGGGGCAUGCACAUGGAAGUUCAACGCAAAGCUCCGGGACCCAGCAGGUUCAAUUCUCGCACCAGUUCCCUAUCUCAUCCUCGCCCGCCACGGCGUUGCCCGGGCACCUGAUAACCCAUAGCCAUACCUACAACACGGCGACCGCAAACAAUGUCUUGACCGAUAAUGCAUCCAUCCUCACAUUGGCCAGCUCUUCCAAGCGCCGUCGCCGAAAUUCCCUGGACACCAAUGCUUCAGUCCGUGCGCUCGCACCCUCGUCGAUCUUCGGCGGCAGUCGCGAAAGCUUGCCUCUAAGUGUUCUCAGUGGAAACGUGGCAGAGCCGUCCAAUUCCUCUGCCUUCAAUGCACAGGGUGUUCUGAGCCGCCCUAGUUUGGUUGGUCUUGCCAGCGCCGAGCGUAUCAGUGUCUACUCAUCCUCCGGCACCGCGCCCAUUGCCGCCACCGGCGAGCGGAGCAGCUUCUACACAGCGAAGCAGGCCCCAACAACAGGCGACGGAGCAAGUAUCCGCAGUGGCGCGCCUUCGCACAGCCGGAAUGAUAGCACAGCAGCUAGCAUUACAGGCGUGGGCAGUCCCUUUGCAAUGGCUUCGGGCCGUGUGAGCCGACGCAGCUCCGGCUGGGGGGAAAUCACCGGCGACGAAGACGAAGAAGGCCGAGCCGAGCGAAUGGACGAGAAGUCCACGGUGAAACCUGAAGAUGGUUUAUACGAAGAGCCCAAAGAGGGUUAA